UUGUUAUUUUGUGUUUCUUCGAAAGAGUUAAAUUAUUUUUUAUUAAAAUUUUAUGAAAAAUAUUAUAGUUUAUUACGAAUAUAACACAGUGUUUGCAAUUAAGUGAUAUUACGUCUUAAAUAGAAAAUCUGACUGCAGUUACAUUAUUUUUCCCAAGAUAAUUUGAGCUUCCUGCUUGAGAUGUUACCUUCUAGUAGAUUUCUAAUUUAUAUAUUGCAAAGGUAGCUCGGCAAUUUUAUAACUAUGAAUAUGGAUUCCGGAACAGAAUGGCUAUGUGAAAUUUUACAAAAUGUGCAGCUGGAACAAUUUUAUUUGCCAAUUAGAGAUCAAUUGCAGAUUACAAGGUUAGCACAUUUUGACUAUGUGCAUGCAGAUGAUCUUGAAAAAAUUGGCAUCAGCAAGCCAGGUGUACGCAGAUUAUUUGAUGCUGUUAAAAAGAAGAAACUACAACUAUGGAAUCGAAAAUUUUGGAACAAACUGUUUGGCACAAGUUCAGUCACCCGAGAGAAAACAGAUUUGGCUAUCAGACAACAAGCUUCUACUGAAUCACGAACAACUACAUGCAUUAUCCUGGAGAAAGAUAUUGUAUUGCAUAAUGAACUAGGUAAUGGUUCAUUUGGUGUAGUGAAACGUGGAGAAUGGAGAGUAUCAGAUCAGUCAAGUCAGAUGGUGCCUGUUGCAGUAAAAGUGCUUAAAGCAGAUGCUUUCUCACAGCCAGGGAUCUACGAUGACUUUAGAAGAGAAGUAGAAGCAAUGCAUAGCUUGAAGCAUCAUAAUUUAAUAAAGUUACAUGGAGUUGUAUUCCAUCCUUUAAUGAUGGUGUGUGAAUUAGCAAAUAUGGGAGCAUUGUUGGAUUAUAUUAGAGCACAAAAUGGCAAAGUCUCAUUAAAUUACAUAUCAAAAUGGUCAGGACAAGUUGCGGCGGGAAUGGCCUAUUUAGAAAAAUCUAGGUUUUUACACAGGGAUCUUGCGUGCAGGAAUAUAUUGUUAUCUAGUUUAGAUUUGGUCAAAAUAGGUGACUUUGGUCUGAUGAGAGCUUUGCCUGAUGCGGAUGACUGUUAUGUGAUGAGUGAGAGACGAAGAGUUCCAUUCCCCUGGUGUGCUCCGGAGUCACUGCGCUCAAGACAGUUCUCCCAUGCAUCUGACGUCUGGAUGUUUGCUGUCGCACUCUGGGAGAUGUAUUCGUUUGGUGAAGAACCAUGGAUGGGUUUAAAUGGUUCAGAGAUCCUUCGACUCAUAAUGAGAGAAGGGCAAAGGUUAUCAUCCCCCGCUGCCUGCCCUCCAGACAUUUAUAUGUUGAUGAUGCAGUGCUGGGACCUAAAUCCUAAAGAACGACCGACCUUCGCUGGAAUACAACGAUAUAUGGAAACAAAUAAAUUCGAAACUGCAAUCGCCAGCUUAAGCUACCACAAACAAGGUCAAAUGACCAUAGAGGCAGGAGAUGCUAUCAUAUUAAUUGACAAGAGACCGGAGUUGCACUGGUGGAAGGGUCAGAACCAACGGACAUUGGAAGUCGGCCUCUUUCCCAGUACUUUAGUGAGUGUAGCCAAAAGCAAAAAUGUACCAUCAACUAAAAAACCAUUGACUACUUCGCCGAUGAGAAAAGUUCAACCUACCCCAUCUGUAAACGGUAUAUCGGACGAUUCCGCUGUGGUUUUGCGCAAGCGGCGUACUAUAGAGUCAACGCAGCCGCCUAGCACACGCGCCGGCAACUCCGGCAGCAAGCAUUUCAACUACAAUAAGCUCGUUAAUGAUAGAGCCUCGCUGGCCGCAAACUCCAGCGCCAGGGAUACAAGGGACUACCAUUCUAGAAGUCUCAAUCAAGUUAGAGAAGAUUUGCUUAUAGACUUGGACAUGCCGCCGUCGAUUAAAGUGAAUUCAGCGAACAAGAAACCAUUAAAAGACAUCGCCUCCUCUAUUCUGGAUGAGCCGAUUGAUGUGCCUGAACUCGGUCAAGAACCGAAUUGGGGACAACCAAGUAUAGAAAGUCUUCCUUCAUGUUCAACCUCACAGGAUUUCCCCAAUCUAUAUGGUGCUAAAUCAUUAGACAAUCUCAACGUUUCUUCAUCUACCCACAAUCAGAGUUUUAUCGAUCAUUCGGACCCUUUCGAGACUACCCACGUUUGGACUUCGUAUCAAGAUAUACCUCAAAGACCUAACUAUGAUAUACAAUUAAAUGAUUCUAUACCUCUCAGUAAUAACGAAUCUCAAAUAUAUUCGAAUAAUAUACAACAGGAGACACAAAUUUCAAAUAAUCUGUCUACUUUAAACAGAAGCAAUUAUUCCAAUCAAAAUAACACACUUUACAGUACUCCUCUAAAUAAUGCAAAUGUAAAUACAUACAGUGAAAGAGAAUCGAAUAGAGAUUUAGUAAAAUCGUUAACACAAAUGUCGCUGGACGACAGAAUAUCAGAAUCAUUAAAUCUCAGAUCGAAAAAUUCCAAUACUGAUAAUAUAUACUCCAAUACCAACUAUAGCGCUCCUUCCACAUCAAAAUAUAACACGAAUGUCACAAACAAUGAAGUAUUUACUUACGAUAACGAACCAAAUAUUUCACAACAGUACAUGUUAGAAAAGGAUUAUUAUACCAAAUUGACACCUAUAGAAACGAUUAAACGGAAUAACUACGAAAAGAAUAUAUAUGUACCUAAAUAUGAAGAAGAAGGGGAGAAAUUGAAGAAUUUCAGUGAUUCUUUGGAGAAUUCUAAGAAUUAUUCGGCAUUUAAAUAUCAGAAUACGGAUUUCGAUUACGCGUAUGCAACAGCCGCGAUGAGAUACGACGCUGUAGCGGAUACAGACAACCAUCUUUAUAGUGAAAUAGGUGACGGUGAAAGAUAUUCCAGAGUCACUUAUACUAACGCGUGUUUGUAUGACGAAGUGUAUGAAGAACCCCCCCGCCCGCACCGACCCGCACCCCCUUGCCCCUCCAAACCUAAAUAACAUUCCCAUAUUAAAAGAAACAUAUCAAAUACUAGUUGCACUCGAAUUCGUCCGUGUGGUAAUAAAUUAAAAAAAAUAACAUAUACUACUUGGUGAUAACUUAGCUUUUUAGUAGUGUAAAAAGUUAUAAAAUCAACCCAAUAAUUUUUGAGAUAUUUCAAUACAUGCAAAAACAUUUUUUCCCUUGAUAUAAUUAGUAUGGAAAUAUACGACCAUUCACAAAAGCUACAAUUUUAUAUAAAGUCUAUUUUUUUGUCAAAAUAUGAUGAUGACAAAUGAUUAUUUACGCAAUGGUUAAAAAAGUGCUUUAAAUAUUAUAAAAUACUAAAUAAUGUGACACUAUUCCUCUAUACAAUAAAAGUAAAAGUUUAACGGGACGUUUGUAAUACGUAAUUUAAUGUUGUCAAAGAACGGUUCUUAUUCUCGCUGUAAAUGUUAGUCUAGAAACUUCUGCAUGUCAGCAAUCAUGAAUACUCAGAAUUUUAGUCAAUAUCAGAUAAAAUGGUUGUAAGUAAAUAUAUUUCUACUCCCACUGCAUAUAGUAAAACUUUUCGUUAAGGAUCGUCUAUUGAACGCGUGUUUUUAGAAUUUUUCGAUCCCCCUCUUUUUUAUAUGUGAUAAGGUUUUACACUACCUCUCCUCACUUUGUAUCUAAAGUUAGUCAGGAAAUAUUUAUAACAAGUUUUCUCCCGCGACUUCGUUCGCUUGGAAUGAAAAAAAAACAAAAGUGAGUAGCCUAUG